AGGACAUGCAAUGCAGACGUUGUCCAGGUGUUUAGCUGGUCUGUGUUCAGCUCCUCGUGUAUAGAAGUCAUAUACAUAUAUGUGUUGACUUUUUGAUCAUUGACAGGACUUGAAUGUGGAGAAAUAACGCCAUUUUAAAGCCUUUAUCAGUAUGUCUUGUUCAGAGUGGGCUGAGUCCCAGCUUGCAGAGAUAGAGCUGCUGACCAGCAUGUUUCCCACCCAGGACGAGCUGGAGAUCACAGACCAGCUGGCACUAGCUGAGCUCAGGGACUAUGUGGAGAGCUCAGCUUCAACAGACAGCUCUCCUUCUUCCAGACCUCAGUUUUUCAUCAAACAGAAGCUUGACACUGCAGGCAUGGAGAGGACAGAUGUCGUUUUUUCCUGUGCUUAUCCAUCCGAAUAUCCCAGUGUGUUACCAGAGAUAACAGUCCGGUGUGCCGGUCUCAGCAGGGCCCAGCAAACACAGCUCCACACAGAUCUUAAUGCAUACUUAAUGGGAAACUGCCAGGGGGAAGUAUGUGUGCUCUCCGCUGUAGACUGGGUGAAAGACAACCUGCAGCUUUUCAUUAAUAAGAGCUUAUCAGCAUCAACGGCUUCCAAGAAAGAGUCUUCCUCUCCACGACCACAGGAAGUGUUCAGUCGAAUUUGGAUUUACAGUCACCACAUCUACAACAAGACGAAAAGGAAGAACAUCUUGGAGUGGUCCAAGGAGCUUGGCCUGUCUGGAUUUAGCAUGCCUGGGAAGCCUGGUAUUGUGUGUGUGGAAGGUCUUCAUUCUGCCUGCGAGGAGUUCUGGUCCAGAGUGAAGGUUCUGACAUGGAAGAAGAUCAUGAUUCGACAUAGAGAGGAUAUUCCCCUUGAUCGUCAGGGCGAGGACAGCGGGGCUGUUGGAAGUACAGACUCCCUGCGCAAAUUCACUGGCUUUGAAGAGGCCAUGUUUGACCCCCACGGGAACCGAGGUAAUCACAUGGACCUUGGGAAGCUCUACCAGUUCUUGAAUGAGAAAGGCUGUUGUGACGUCUUUCAGAUAUAUUUUGGCAUUGAAGGAAAGUAGUGUUUAGAUCUAGGUAGAAUAUAAAUGCAUACUGGUGCCUUGUCAUUGAAGUUACUUCUAAAGUAUUUACUUAACAAUUUAUGAAUUGCUUUUUUUGUUUCUUUAAUUUUCACAUACCAGCACACUAAAACGAUUGUAAGCUUGCCUGGAAAAACUGAAAUAACUCAAUAAGCUUUUCAUAGAUGUUGCUCAGCCGUUACACCUGGGACUUCAUUGGGAUAAAAGGCAAAACGAAUAUUUUGGCAAUUUCGAGAAACUUAAACAUAUUUUUAGCUAAGAGGCAUGUUUUUCAAAGAGCAUUAACAAAAGAUGUUUAUCUGAGAGGUUUCUUGAGGACCUCAGUUAUAUUUGCAAUUUUAAUACUCCUUCAAGAUCAAACCUUGCCCAAGGUUUUUCUUUCCUCAAAUGACACCAGCUUGUAUUACUUCCAGGCUAUUAGAGGAUUUUCAUGUCUGAUACCACAUUAAUAAUUGGACAACCUCGUCAACAAGAUGCUGAAUAUCUGUUUAUUAAAUCAGAUUUUUUUUCUUGUGAAUUAUAGAUAACAUAACCGUGGAAAGUCUCUUUCCAAUUUUCUUUGAACGAUUUGUUCUUGGAUAAAUUGUGCAUAAUUGUGGAUUACACUUUGGUCAUUAAAAUGUGUUGUUAUUAAAGAUGAAUCUAAUUUUCA